UUUUUUUUUUUUUUUUUUUUUUUUGAGCCAUACUUUUUCCGACGCAUUUUGAUUGUUUACUACUCGUGACACUUGCGGAAGCUUUAUUUAACUACAGUAUGAAACAGAAAUGAAAACUGUCAAUGUGUUGACAUUUGAUAAUAAAUCAUAGACUGUUCCAGUUGGUAACAUGAUUUCGAAUCAGGACUUACGUUCCGCGGCCCAUUCUCUCAGUCCUCACCAUCUUCUUCUCCUCAUGUCUCUUUUUCUCGCACGUCAUCUUUGCCGCAGCAUCUCCAAUUGCUAUCCGCUGAAAAGGAAUGGAUGCAUAGAGCUUCGAUUCAAGGUCCCGUUAGGACUUCUUAUUUCUCGUGGCGUCGAACGGUUCGGAUAUGUAGCUUUAAAUAUAGAUUUAUGUAGGGGCAUUUUCCGGGUAGUUGAGCUUAGGUUUUCUCUAUAGGGGUUUAGGGAUAUGCGGGAAAUUUCAUAUCUACAGUAUUAAAAAUUAAGUUUGUUUCUUUGCUUAGCUUUUUUGUUAUAUAUUAGGGAUUUUCGUGCGGUUAAUUUAUUUUAUUGAUUCUUUUUGAUGUAUGAAAUUU